AUUCACUAUAUCUGGUCUCCCACAGUACACAGAACAUGGAAAUGCAAGUAUUUUAGUAAAUAUAAACUCCUAAGGUCCUUUUUUCCUUCUAUCAGUGUCCAGCCGAGCACUGGUUAAUCUUGUAGGAGAAGUUUUCAUUCUGCUGUAGUAGGAUGCAGGACCCCUGACCUCUGUCUGAACAGUACCGAUUGACCCUGUACUGAUCACAUGCACUCUCCCAAGAAAAAAAAACCCUUUCUAGUAAUACACACCAAACUAAGCAUGUGCAGAGUGACUCCACAUGAUAUAUCUUAUCAGGAGAUAAGAGGAGGGCACUGGAAGAAGGGGAGGAUCAGAGAAGUCAGGAUCAAACAGUGUUUUUACACAAUGCAGAGGAUUAACCUCUUAGGUUCCACGGUGAGUAUAACAAGCAUGCUUUACUGCAUAUACAGACUGAUUUUACUGUUGUGGGUUUAG